AUGAUUGUGCCCACUCAUCUGGACAGAUUUCAACCCGGUGAUGAGGACAGUAUCAAGAGAAAGUGCACUGAUAUCCUGGAACGUGUUGAGCAUUACUGCAAGACUCAUAUAGCUUUGAUCGAUUCUGAAAUUUCUGAGAAGAAACUGAAGGAGAAAAAAAAGUUGAAAAAAACUCUGCAGGGAGGUACUGAUCCGGAGUGGAAGAAAAAGAACCUACCAAUCAUUUCGUCGGUUCUUCUUUUUGGUGAUAAUGUAAGUUAUUACACUGUGCUCAUAAUGUUGAAAUGUUGACACUAUACAAGUGUCAAAUGUCCCAUGCAAGAUACUUCAAAUAACCUUUUUUCCCUCAAGAAUAGUAAAGCGAAUAGAUAAGGAACGCCCAUGAAAAAUGUUUUUUUUUCUUUUUUUAGCUUCCUGUCACCUCUCCUAGUGGUUAGUGAUUUUUAUGCAUGCUGCCAGCUGUGCUUGAGGAAAAUAAGAGACUACUCGUAUGCUGGUAAUGCAUAGUGGGCUUCAAAAAACCAGGAUUUCCUUCACAGACUAGAAAUACAGAACACUAUUUUCAUAUGCCCAGUUUCCAUGAUUAUAUCUUCUUAUGUCCAUUACUGACUAUUACUCGCGUUGUCCAGAAUUAUUACUAUUACAAUCAACAGCUAUCGUAUUCACAGUAACACAGUGACUUCCUUCUUCGAUGCAGGAAGAAGCCUGCCCAACACAAGACAACGUGAAAAGCUAUAUCGCCAUGGUUCCAGUCAGCAACAAAGGUGAGCUCACAGGAGUCAAAGUUUUGGAAGAGGAGAUCCUUCGGGUAGCAAAUGACUGCCAGCUCUUCCCCUCUGUGGGCAAAAAUUUGCCAGAAGACUGGAUCAAGCUUGAGAAGGCGCUAAGGAAGGUCAGAGAAGAGAAUAAGGUCCGAUGCAUGUCCUAUGAAGAGUUUGAAGCUUUUGCCAAAGGAUGCACUAAUCUCUCUUCAGGAGGCAUCCACUCUGCUCUCUCAUACCUAGACGCCAUUGGGGAGUUACGAUAUUUCAGUAACAUUUCAUCCCACUAUAAAGUAUUCAUUGAUUUCCGAUGGUUAGCAAAAUUAACCAGCUGUCUUUUCCGUCAUGAUUUGGAGACAAAGCUACAGCAUAACGAUAACUUUCUGAGAUAUGGAGUCUUUGUUGCAUAUUUUAAUGAACUCAAGGAGAAACUAUUAAAAGAGGCCGUGUUGUCACAAGAUCUUUUAAGGUAUUGCUUUUCGAAAGAAAACCCUGACCUGAACACAGGGGUGUGCGUAAUUACCCAUGCUACAUUUUUGUAGUAGUACAGUAAAGUUUGCAAAUUUUCAAACUGUCAUAAACUCUUUCCCUUAAGCAUGACAGGGCUUAAAUUUUCUGUUAUGAACAAAAGGAAGCUUGAGUUCGGUUAUGCGUAUAAAAGAAAUGUUUUACGACAGUUUGACAGUUUGUAUGAAAAACCACUCAACCGUGUCUGGGUGGCAAGAGUUGUAUUUCCCAUACAAAUCCUUCUAAGUUUCGGCGGCCGUUGCAAUCGCUACUUUUCAGUUAAACGGCUUCAAAUUUACUGGUUACUUAAUCUUAUGCUUUUUCAGUUCCUAUUAAAAUCAUUUCUCUACCAAGAAUUGUUUUCGUGUUUACAGAAAAUUUAUCACGUGACCAACUAUUGCAAAAGGCCGAUUCUCCCCGGAAUAAAUGGGCUUUCCGUACAAAUAGUAAGCCCUCACGAUUGUCCUUAUGUGUAGUAUUAAAUCCUUAUUACAAUGGCUUGCAGAAUAGGAAACAUGAGAAAAACACUCUUAAAUGAAUGCGAUCUCUAAAAAUUUCUUUUGAGACCUACUAUAAGCACGACUUUGUUACCAAACUUCCUCCCCUGGGGUCUUAUUUACUUUCUGAUACUGGACUGGUGGUGGGGGGGGGGGGGGGUCCUUUUCGAAUAGUGAGUUGUUAAUAUAUCUGGGGUUGAGGUGGUUGUAUGUGAUGGUGUAUCAUUAUUAUGUUUUUUGUGUUGUUGUUAGAUCUGUCCUUUGUGCCUGCCUUGCGAUGUCUGUGUUUUUUUUGUUUGUUGAUGGGGGGUUGUGGUUGGGGGGGGGGGGGGGGGACUUAUGAGUAAAUGCAGAUUUUAUAUAAAGUUCCGUUCUCGUUGUCUUUUGGGGGUGGAAGGAGGUUAGUAAAGGGCGGUCGAUCGGUUUUUUAAUUUUUGGCUCGUCAGUCUGGAAGGGUAGUGAGAGGGGGGCUUAUUAGAGAAUGGAAGCUAAAUUAAAUAGAGAAAAUACAGCCUGGCGUCAUGACAACGUUGAAAUGCCAUCUAGUUUUUAUCUUAAGCUGUACUUUGUUAAUCGUGAAUAGACCCUUCCACGGUUUUUUUAAACUUUUCACAUGGACAAGUUAGGGAAAAUCCGUCCACACCUAAUGGAAAGAGCGCCAUAAAAUUAGUCAAAUUGCGAAGUUUGAAAGUGAUCUGUUGAAAACUAACGAAGACACAGCUCCUCAAAUUCGCGAAAUUUUACAGAAGUUUUUAUGGUGGGGCGCACAAACUUGCCCUGCCACCUCUUCGCUCGCUUAAGACGCAUCACGUUCGGCAAAUUCGGCAGUUUUACUUAUAUUAUUAAGGUGCUCUUUUCAUUGGUGUCGACGGAUUUUGUCCGUGUCAAAAGUUGAAAAAACUGUCCAAGGGUCUAUUUAUAAACUGCAGUAUAUAGGCAUAAAGGAAGAAGUUAUACUUUGUACUAACUUUCAUUGACAGGUGUCUUUGGGAUGAAUUCAGUCUUGAUGAUGACAUGAUUCUGCAAAUGGUGGAGCUUUUUAGGUACCUUGGUCUUGUUGUUCCUCUGUCCAGUGUUGACGACAACCUACUUGUUCCUUGGUAUUUGACCUACACGUAUCCAGUUGCUGAUGAAUUUUUGGCAUGGAGCUUGCCGGAGGACCAGGUACAAUGUCAUUGUCAAUUUGGCAUGCCUUAAUUUGCUUCAAAGUGGCAAAUCACAUAGCCGGUAGAAUAACUAACAGCAAGAACAAAGCCUGAAGCAUAUAUGUCACGUGACAUAUUUAGCCUCCCCCCUCCCACUCACUUCAAAAUCAAAGGGGAUAUAACGGAAAUGAUCUACAAUGAUUUAAACAAAUUUUAUUACUAUAGGAAAAUUCGAUACCUGCAGGAAGGAAUUCCACGUUGAAUUUACGCAAAGAGCGAUGUCGCAAUGAGUGUGAUAUCGGUUUUCAGGUGUGUCGAGUAUGUGUUUAAGCUAUGUGUGCACGAGGGGAGAUUUUGACGGAUUUUUGAUGAAUCCGAAACAUUUUAGUAACGGAUUCAUUUUGCCGUUUACAGGCAAAUGCGUAUCCGAAAUAAAAAAGCCCCGGUUUGGUGGCGUAUCCGGAGGUUUCAAAUCCGCAAUCUAACGCCUGAAUCAGCUUUGUACCAGAAUCAAUGUCAGUGUGGUCGUGAAGUUAUUCCUGCUGGGGACAACCGUUUCGGUAUAUGAAACAGAUAAAAACAAAAAUAUAAAAUACGAUUAAAAUAACAUAAGAUUAAACAACUCGCCUCAACCGUUCUUUGUCUUCGUUUAAUUGUGCUCUUGUUUGCAUUCGACGCUGAGAAGGCGAAAUUUAUUGGAGGACAGGCAGGAAUUUCAAGCGAGAAUGCUUCAUGUAGUUCGAUAAUUACAUGUUGAGCAAUUUACUACUAUGACGAAAGUACAUUUGAUCCGUGGAUCUCGCUCCAUAAGAACCAAAUUGAAAAAGGCGUGUAAGAAAAUUAUAUUUCUUGUAAUAGAAUGUUCUGAAUAGUUUUUUUGAAAGUUUUUGACGGUUUUUAAAAGUGAAUCGGCGAACAACAGACAGCAAUAUCGAGUAAACCUCGCGUUCAUUUAGUGAGAUUAAAACACAAAUAAGAAUACGUAAAUUAACAAGUGUCGUUCCGUCUCAAAUUUUCUUCAGAAGAUUUUCUGCCUACUGAGGUUCAUGUUGUUACUGGUGCAUGUACAUGUAAGGUGUGGUUUCGGUAUGGAUGAUACGAUCGGUAGGAUCGUUGAAAAACGGAUUGAUUGGAAGCAAACGUUCAAUUAUCGUUGCGAUCCGUUUGCGACGAGUUCCUGUUCUUUUGCUCAACAGCCCUUUUUAUGCUUGUUUCGACUCGUGAUUUUAGAGCAUCCAAAUAUCAAAUGGCAGCAAAAAGAAUCCAUGUGAAUCUGCUUUGUAAGCGUUCACAAUUGAAGUCAAAUUUCGCUUUAAUCCUGUUUUAUCUUAAUCCUGCUUUAAACAACCGCGCCCUGGUCAGUUAAGAACUUUUCAACAACGAAAUUUCGUUUCGCUCGCACGAAAUUUCGGUUCGUCGAACCGAAAUUUCGUUAAUGACGCGAAAUUUGGUGAAGCUUUCUCGAAAUUUCGCAACGAAAUUUCGGUUCAUGCCGCGAACUUUGGCAGGGACUAGAACAAAAAGUUCGCUCUCAUUUCUUUUGCACAGUACUGUAGGACGCUCGGACAGUUAACGUUUUAAUGAGCUGUACUUUUUAAGAUUUCUAUUAAAUGGUCUAAUGUUUAAAUUGCAUUUUCUGUAAUUGGAGGUUCUUCUUGUAGUGGUUGCUUGACCCGCCUCUUAUCAGUAAAAGGGAAAAUAAGUUGAAAAUAUCUUAUGAACUGUCCAGGACGAACAAGAGGGACAUUCAGCGAAAGGUAUGCCGGCUAGCCAUGUUUCACAAUAUUUUGGUUUUUUAUCUAAACACCGUUAGACCGUUAAUAUAGAAAUCACGGAAUUAACGGCUCAUAGGAGUUUUAAUAUACACAAUAUAGACACAGCAACAUGCCCCUAUAUGGCGCUUUAUCGGGUUCAAAAUUCAAUCUUGUGAAUUUAUCAAAACUUAAUUCACCAAAUGUUUGAAUUCAUCGAAUACCCGGUUAAUUUCCGGCUUACAAUACUCGAUCGAAACCUUACAUUCAUCAAAGCCCGAAUAAAGUCGUCAAAUUGUUGAACUCAUCGAAACUGAUUUGGAAUUUAUCGAAACCUCAUUUCGUCAAACCUUUGUCGAGCUGUUGAAUACACCAAAACUGAUCGGAGAUUUAUCUCGCACCUACCCUGGGUGCCAGAGACUUCUGGUACCCAGGGUAUUUCGCACCGUUAAAUUCCUCAAAACGUUGACUGAGCGCUUUCCAUUCAACAAUUAAAAUUCCAGUUCGAAAUGUCGCAAAUUCUACUUGUCAUUGCGGUUGCACAGACCCGACCCAAGGCACCAGCGUUUGAUUAUUAAAGCAGGAUACAGAAGAGCGGUUCCGACCAGUUUGACCGGUCAAUGUGGACCACCUUCAAGGGUGGUUCCAAAUAUUCUGGUCGGGCCGAACCGAAAUGAACAGGUCAGUUCCAUUAGAUUUCCGUGCGAAAUUUCCGGAAUUUUUGGCUGAAUACAAAGCGCCCCUGCGAAAUUCUUUCAACCGGUGAGUGUAAAACACGUACUUUAUAAUACUAAUUGAAAAUAUGUAAACCAACAGGAAGAGAUAAACUUGCUAUUCAUGAUUUCCUACAUACCUCCUGGUUUAUUUGAUCGGUUACGAGUGAGGUGCUGUUUUCCUGACGGUGAAUACGUCAACUGGAAGGAUGUGGUUUUGCUGUUUGUUGAUGAGCAUAGAGCUGUGAUUAGAAAGCAUGAAUUCCCUCUUGGUGCCAAGUCUAGUUCGCCAGCCAUUUACAUCAAAGGCAGGGGGCCAAAGUCUUGCUUGGAAUCACUGUGGGAAGUACUGCUUAGGAUUGUUCAGGUAAAUUCAGCACAUUUUCAAAAUCAUUAUUACAGGGCUGUCCUUUAGUCCUUAAUUAACCUUUAAUUACAAUAAUUGCCUGUAGCCGGUAUACAUCACUAAUCUCAGCAAGAGAGGAGAUGUUAACAAGUCGUCUUUGUAGCUUGUAACACUUCAUUCUUAACCCCGGUCACCGGCGAGUUACCGUAAUCCGUAAAUUGACCCGUAAAAUUUGUCGAAACAGCGUUCCAUCAUAAAAUUGCCCCUCUGUAGCUAAUUGAGUUUUUUUUUUUAAGUACGAGUUAAAACGAGGGACAGUAUUGUUAUUGCGCCUUCUGAAGUUGUAAGAAUAGUAUUCGUCAAGUACGAUAGUGCGACAGGUGCUUCACCUUUAAAUACGCUACGAAGUUUUAUUAACCGGAGUUAUAAUAGGUUGAUGUAUUCCAUUUCGAAUACCGGUAGACUUCAGCAGUUAGCAUGUCACGGAGCAAGUUGUAGAUUACUCGGAAUGCCGUACGAUGAAGCAUUUCCAGAGAAUUUCUCUCUUCCACAUUAGCGUAACCACCCCAAAUGACAAGUUCAUAUAGAAUUGACGGCAAGAUGAUCUUAAAAUACAAGCCCAAUAGGGCAUCUCUACUUUAGAACGAACUCCUCUUUCGGCGUUCAGUUUGUUCACAAAAUUCUUUUUUUUACAUCUGUAAGGUGAUGUGACCAGUGAAAGCUGGUCAUCAAUAGUAACGCGCAACAGGCGAGUAUUCUUCACCCACUCGAUCCGAUCCUCUCUAAUAGUCACAGAAUUUUGCGUCCCGAUGUGCGGAUUUCUCAUCAUUAGCAUAGCUUCGCAGUUGCCGAGUGAGGAGUUAAAGAGUUCUCUGGGCAACAACUGUUAAGUUCCGAUAAAGGUUUAGUUAAAGAAGUAACGGCGUUAUCAAAAGUGUCUCCAAUGCAAUAAACGGUCGUUUCAUCCGCGCACAUAAGACAGAGCAAGGAGGAGCAGCAUUUGACAGGUCAUUGGUGUAGAAGGCGAACAACUUGGGGCCCAGUACUGACCCUUGAGGAAUCCCGUUUAGCACAGUUGAAUGCUGGCCAUUUAUUACCGAGAAUUGAGUUCGAUCGGUUCGGUAGUAGUAAUUAGGGGACCUUGAAAUCCAACUGAAAUUUCAACAUAGCGUGGGAUACACAGUCAAAAGCUUUUCAGAAGUCAACAAACGCCACAGCAACCACCUUAUUGACAUCAGUUUUCUUUAGAUUUCUGAGAGGUGUAAGAGCAAUAGUUCUACAGAGUGCCCCUCACGGUAGGCCCACUGUUUAUCUGUAACUAAUUUAUUAGAAAAAACAUGACAAGCGACAGUUUUUGAUACACACGAUUCCAUUAUCUUGCUUGGAACACUUAGAAGCGAUAUCGGUCUGCAGUUGUUUGUGUCUGCUUCGUUGUCUUUCUUAUACCCCGGAAUCAGGCGAGCUUUCUUCUAAUCAGCAAAGGUUUCUUCGAGGUGAGCACAGAAUUAAUAUACACUAGUCAAGGGAGAGACAAUGGCAGGUUUGUCUAGUUUUAGUAACUUAAGUGGAAUGUCAUCUGGACCUGGAGAUUUUUUUGGCUGUCGAGCCAGUGCGAAUCAAUGUAGUUACUAGUUGUCAAUCAUAUAUGUAACAGAGUGAAGAAAAUUUGUCUCCGUAAUUAUGUGACAUAAAAUGUGACUUAUGUUUUCCCACACAACGUAGGAGGUAGAUGCUCUCCUUACAGAAUGGCCAGGACUCAGGGUGGAGCGUUGUUCAUUAUGUCCACUAUGUGCACAGAAGGGGAAGUCUAAACCAUGUCUUUUCCCUUGCAACUGGAUCAAAAGUUCAUAUCUGUCAAAGAAGACGAUGAUUUGCAGAUCAAGCAAAUUUCUCAGAAAAAACAAGUUUGAUGUUAGACUCAUCUACCCCCCUUCUGGUAAGUGA